CAAAUGUCAGCGCUGCUGCGAGUGCUAAACGGAUACGGUCCGCGCAGCAGCACCAACCUGACCUACUGGGGCGUGGCGGGGUGUGCCAAUAACGACAGCCUGGUUCGAUACAAAGACGCCACCACCGCCAUGGGAUUGGAUUACCUUACCCUAGGGACAUUGCUCAUGCUCGUGAAGGAUAGCGACAGGGCACUGGUGGAGCGCAUUACAGGCAUGGACAUCAAGUCACCUCUCGGGCUGCCCUCUCCCCGCAAGCCGCACUACGUCAUCAACUUUCUUCCCGGAUACGCUUACGUUGCCAAUCUCGAGGCUUUCAUCGAUUUCUCCGCCAUGGUCUCCCCGGCGCUCCUCUCCUCCAUACUCGAUGGAAACUCUGUCUCGCUGGCGCCUGUCUUUUUCGACAGCGACCUGCGUGUGGGCACUGUGAUGGUGGUGCCUAUCCUGCGCCAUCCCGUCCCUGAGAACGCAUCACCGGAGCAGCGGAGGGAGAGUGUGAGCCCCACUGCAUGGGCCGACCUCUCCUACCUGGGGAACGAGCUUGAAGCAGUCCUCUCUCUGCUCUCCAACGUCAGCACCACCAGCGUCUAUUCAAUCGCCCUGUACGACACCACCGACCCGGAGCAGCCCAUUCAAGUGCUCGGCCCGGAUCCCCUGCGCCUGGAGAGUGGCACGCUCUACCCCUACGUGCUGCCGGGGCCUGUGGUGCCUUACCCCAAGCACAUCGAGCCUUUCCCGGAAGACCUGCUGGGCCGCAAAUACGAGGCGCACUGCAGGUUCGAAGGCUCCUACCCCAAGUGGGACCUAGUAUAUGCCCCCAUGCUGCUCGGCCUGCUGGUGCUGCUGGUGGCCAUGCUGGUCUCCCUCGUGAUCGCCGUGCUGGCGUGGAAGAGGCGGCAGAUGGCGGAGGGGUUGAGAGAGAUGCAGAUGUGUACGGCGGCGUUGGAGAGAGCCGAGAAGUCAAAGAGUGAGACGGUGGCCAAUACGUCCCAUGAGCUGCGCACGCCUCUCAUUGGCGUGAUAGGCAUGAUAGAAGAGCUGCUAGAGUCUCAACUGGAAGAGUGGCAGUGUGAGGACCUAAGGGUGGCGAGGGCGUGUGCGGGCGAGACGGUGGAGCUGAUCAACCGAGUGUUGGACCUCGCCAAGUUGCAGGCCGGCAGGCUACAACUCGAGACCCUCCCCUCCUGCCUGCGCGGCAUUGUUCACGAGGCAAUCGCACGUGUUGAAUCGGGUGCAUCAAUAGACGAUCCGCAAGUGACAUGCCACGUCGACGAGAGUGUGCCAGAUGUCCUCAUGGGGGACCCGACUCGCCUGGCACAAGUCGUUCAGGAGCUCACAGUCCACGCCAUGGGCAAUGCUGCUGGUGGUCGCGUGGCCUUCCAAGUCUGCUGCAUUCCCCCCCCGCCUGCCCCACACGCCUCAUCCAGCUGCUUCAACCUACCCUGCGCAUCUGCUACCACUGCUCCUUCCCGUACCCCACCACCCUCCACCGCUUCCCACUCCUCUCACCUCCAACCGAGCUCCUCCGCAUGGCGCCAGCUGGCUGCUUGUGUGCGCCGCUUCCCCCCUCCCACCCGCCUGGCGCGGCUCCAUCAGCAGCUGGUCGCAACCCCAAGCAGCAGAGGGGCAGGGAAGGCUUCUGAGACGUGGGCAGGGAGGACUUUUGAGACGUCUCACAAGGCAAGCAGCAGAGGGGCAGGGAAGGCCGCGGGUUCUUCUGAGUCGCAUCAAGAGUCGCCCCUCACCCGCCUCUCACGUUUCCUCCGGCGCCUAGGGUCUUCAGCUAAGGGAGCUUCAGGCAUGGGGGGGUCAAAUGAAGCAAGUGUGGGGGAGGAGGGCGAGGAGGUACAAGGUGGGAGUAGGCAUGGGCAGUUGGAGGAGGAGGUGAGGGAGUGGGUGGAGGGAGUGUGUGCGGCAAGAGAGGAGGGAGAGUGGAUCGUGGUGAUGGCGUGUGAAGACACGGGGGGUGGUAUUCCACCCGAGGAGAUGCGGUGGGUGCUGGACCCAUAUGGGGACUCCCACCACGCCGCUUCUCAUGCUCCAGAGGGUGAUGUUGGUCCCGCUGGCGGGGAUGGUGACGAAGAGGAUGGCCAAGGGAUCAAAGGCACAUUCUUCCCCAUCCCCUUCAUGCGCCAUGGCAGCAGGGCCGCAUCGUCAGACGCUCUGACGCACGAGCAGAGGGGGGCUGCUCGGCCCCGCUGGACGCCCUACCCAGUUCGCUUCCUGCUCUCCACCGCGCUUGUGGCUGAGAUGCGGGGAGACAUGGCAGUGCUGUCAGACGCCGCCACAGGCACCACCAUUCUGCUAGCACUGCCCAUGGGGGGAGAGGAGGACGCUGACAGUAGCUGGGAUGGGGAGGGGGAUGAGGAGAGAGGUGGGGAAAGGGAUGAAUGCAGCAAUGGGAGUGACGGGGAGUGUGUGGAUUUUGCGAGUGUUGCAAUACCAGAGGUGAAGGAAGAAGCAACCCUGCACCAGCAGAAGCAUGAAUCCGAGCAGCAGCAGGCACCAUUGCAGGAGGGGCAGCCGCGGUCAGCCCGAACUCACUCCCACCUCAAGCCGCGGGCCGGCACAUUCGAAGCCUUGGAGGCUGCAGGGAAGGUGGAGGGGGUAUCGCCAAAAGUGGCGGCGGCUGAAGGGUUGUUGCCAGCAGUGGUGGCGGCGGCGGCUGCGGCGGCGGCUGCGGCGGCGGAGGAGGAGGAGGAGUCAGUACCGGCGGUGGGAAAGGUGGGGCGGCGAACAGCACGCUCGCACUCGCUCCCGAAACCCCACUCCCGCAUGGAGGGCAUUGAAGACCCAGACGUGGAAGGGGGGCAGGUUCGUGCCGUGGGAGUAUCAGGCCGGAAAACAAGGCGCGCACAUUCUCUACCAAGACUGCGCGCGCACGUGGACGGUGCAGCGGGGGGGGCGUGGGAGGCGGGGGGGGCGUGGGAGGCGGGGGGGGCGUGGGAGGCCGGGGGGGCGUGGGAGGCGGAGGAGGCGGAGGUGUUCGUGAGAGCGGCGGUGGCGGGGCGGUCGGUGGCGGUGGUGGAUGACAACGCGGUGAACCGCAUGGUGGCGCGCAGAACGCUGCAGGGCUAUGGCGCGCACGUGCUGCUGCUGCCCUCCGGGGAGGAUGCCAUCCAAGCACUCUCCUCCGCCUCGCCCUCUGCGCCCAUCCACCUGUUGCUGCUCGACCUCCAGAUGCCUCCGGGCAUCGACGGAUUUGAGACAGCUCGUCAGAUCAGAGCGAUGGAGAGCUCACGGCGUGCACAGCACAAGUCAGAGGGAGACAAAACCGCCAGUGAUGCAGCAGCAGCAGCAGCAGCAGAAACAGCAAAAACAGCAGAAACAGCAGCAAGUGCAACUGAUGCAACCACGCACGGCCGCCUUUGUAUCAUAGCACUGACAGCUGACUUGGAUGUAGGAGUGAAGCGGGCGUGCUUUGAGGCCGGGAUGGAUGGGGCAGUGAGGAAGCCGAUUGUGGCUCAGGAGCUUCUUGGGGCACUCAUAACAGCAGGGUUCGGAGCAGGCGCAUUCUGA